UUUCAGCAUUCUCAGCACAGCUGCUGGGAGAGACACAGGAAGCAGUUGCUGAUCUGCGCAUGGUGACCUCCAGCCUUGUCCUGCUGGGGUCUGAGGGUGCUUCCCAGCAGCUCCAUGUACAUCCAUGGAUCCCUGCCCUCCAGGGGAAAGCAACUGAUUCUGAGAAACGUGGCCCGGCAGAGGUGGACAUAAUAGCUCUUCAGAAGGAGUUUUUUAUGAGUCUCCUGCACAAACCCUGGGGCUGGAUUCCCUGCAGCAGUACCAAGAGCGGGGGUUGAGCCCCAUUGCAAGCAAGGAAGUGCCCACCCUCUUAAGUGUAGGGUGAGUUUCUUCUUCCCCCACCUGGGCAGGAGUGACCGUGAUGGACAACAGCAUGGACUUCCAAACCGAUGCGUGCCCGGGGCCUGGCUUUGGCAGCCACAGCCUUCCCGGGGAGCUCCUGGAGCCUCCAGCCAUGGACCUGGAGGAAGGGGGCUCACCAACACUGGCCAUGCCAACGGCCUGUGAACAAAGCCUGUGCUGCCUGCAGCAGCCCGGAUCCCCUUUCAGUGCCCUGCGCUCCGACCUCAACCCCUCUGCUACUGAGGCUGAACUGUCUGUUGGUGCAGCCAUCGCAGAGCCAACUGUUCCCGAAAGCCCUCUGGGGGGCCUGCAGACCCCCGGCUCUGCAGCUGCUCUGGACUUAGCCCUCCGGGCAGCUGUGGAAGCACGUGAUGAUGCUUGCAGGGACCUGGGAAGGGGGAUGGAAGGCUGUGAGGACGCUGCAGCACCUGGGAGCGAUGCUGACUGGAAAGGGAGCCCAGAGGGUGCACACCGGGGGGUGGAUUGUCCCAGAGUCCCGUCCAACACGGAGCAGAGUGACCUGAUUUGCAUGGACCUGGAUGAGGAGCCUGAAGCCCACCUGAGAGGGAAGGAGUGGGCUGAGAGUGUGGAGGAGGACGACCAGUUGGAGAUCCAGGGCCUCCUUGCCCAGCUCCAGAUCCUUAGCCCCAGCUUCCGCGACGACUUGCCUGCCUUGGAGGACGACCCGCUGCUGGCGUCAGACCAUGACGCAGGCCCUUUUGGGGGAGACACGGUGCUUCCCCACAAAAGGGCCUUUGGCCGCUGCCGGGGCCUGCUGGGCAAGUGCCCUCCCUGCCUGCUGCAUGUUGCCAUGGGGAGAGGCCUGGCAAUGCAGCCCUGCCAUGCUCAGCCCUCCGCCUGCUCCCAGAGGAGCCAGGAGAGCCACGGCCUGCUCUUUGCAGAGGCUGACCGGGAGGACUUGCUAAGCCUCCUGCACCAUGAGGGGGGACUCCUAGUGGAGGCCAGUGAGGAGACCCCCCUCGCCAGGUCAGACGUCCUGGCCGGGAGCGACGGGGAGGUCCUGCAGUGCCAGGAGAGCCCAGCGGCCCGGCAGGUGGAGGGGGCCGCUUCACAGCCAGGCAGCUCACAGGCAGAAGGCUCCUGCCAGUGGUAUCGGAGAGAGGGAGCCCACGAGGGAGACUCUGCCUGCCUGUCCCCGGGCAGUCGGGACAGCUCCCCAGAGCCCGUGUGGGUGGCCAUGUCCCCUCCUCCCAGCCAGGGUCUGGAGCAGCCCACCCCCAGGAGCACAGCUGUUAAAGAAUCCCAGGUGGCCUAUCCGGCCUUCAAAGAGGUGGCAGGCCCCUGUGAGCCGGAGGAUCUCCUGGAUGGAGUGAUCUUCGGAGCAAAGUAUCUGGGCUCUACACAGCUGGUCUCAGAGAGGAACCCCCCUGCCAGCGUCCGCAUGGUGCAGGCCCAGGAGGCUGUGGACAGGAUAAAGGCACCGGAGGGGGAGUCCCAGCCCAUGACCGAGGUGGAUCUCUUUGUCUCCACCCAGAGGAUCAAGGUCCUGACGGCUGACUCGCAGGAGGCCAUGAUGGACCAUCCGCUCCAGACCAUCUCUUACAUUGCGGACAUCGGCAGCAUCAUUGUGCUGAUGGCGCGCAGGAAGCUGCCGCGGCGGGCAGACACCUCGCGGGAGAAGCAGCUCUACAAGAUGAUCUGCCACGUCUUCCAUUCUGCGGAUGCUCAGCUGAUUGCCCAGGCCAUCGGGCAGGCCUUCAGCGUGGCUUACCAGCAGUUGCUGCAGGCCAGUGGCAUCGACCCGAGCCAGCUCUCCCCUGGCCAGGACAGCCGCGCCCUGGAGAGCCAGGAGCUGCACAACGGGGAUCUGGCCCACUUCUCCAAGCAGGAGAACUGCAAGGAUGUCUGCAUCCGCAAGCAGAAGGGGGAGAUCCUGGGCGUCGCUGUGGUGGAGUCUGGCUGGGGCUCCAUCCUACCCACCGUGGUCGUCGCCAACCUCAUGCAUGGUGGCCCUGCGGAGAAGUGCGGGGAGCUGAGCAUCGGGGACCGGCUCAUGUCCGUCAACGGGACAAGCCUGGUGGGGCUGCCCCUCGGCACCUGCCAGAGCAUCAUCCGGCAGGACCUGAAAUCACAGACCGAGGUGAUGCUGAGCAUCGUGCACUGCCCGCCCGUCACCACAGCGAUCGUCCGCCGGCCCGACUCCAAGUACCCACUGGGCUUCUGCGUGGAGGAUGGCAUUAUAUGCAGCCUGAUGCGAGGGGGGAUAGCGGAGAGAGGCGGCAUCCGCGUGGGCCAUCGCAUCAUCGAGAUCAACGGGCAGAGCGUGGUGGCCAUGCCGCACGAGAAGAUCAUCCAGCUCCUCACGCAGGCCAUCAGCGAGGUCCAUAUCAAGACCAUGCCAGCCUCCACCUACCGGUUACUGACAGGCCAGGAGCAGCCCAUCUUCCUCUGAAGGGUGGAGUUUGCAUGUACCCGUCUGUGGCUCUGCACGUGCACCAGCUACAUGGCUUUGGGGCCCCGGCUUGGGGCAGCAGCCCACCAGGAAAGGACGUCACUGCAUCUCCAGUUCCCUCAGGGCCUGCUGGGGGCCAGAUCCUGCCGCUUUUCUUGUUUCAUGCAGGGACCCAGAAGGCAAACCCGCCUUUGCUUCUUGAUGUGCUUUGCCUGGCCUCACCACAAGGGGACUUUGCACCAGGCCUUAGAGACAGGGACCCAAACUCCUUGGCUCCUCUCCUGGGCCUCAGCCGGUCUGCAGCUGGAGUCGCCAGCUUGUGCCACACAGUACAGAUCGGGGCCUUGUUGAUGGGGUGGGCCCUGGAGAAUGCCAGGGGCUCUCUUGGCUCCGCUGGCCCUGUGUGCGUGGCUGGCUGGGAUGUACCUGCUCUCGGGUCAGCCCAGGCGCUUGCAGGAGGUUCUGGAGUUGCCAUGGGGGCAGGGCAUGGUCCCUGCCCUGCUUUGCAAAGGGCAGCGACUCGACUGGCUCGGACGGGCGCUCGCAUUCAGUACCUCAUGCUGAAGCUGGAGCAGGGCCUGGCUGCAGGGGAGGCUGUUCAGGAUGUGGUUUGUGUGGGCAGAGAUAGUUUUCUGGCCACUGGCAGGGCAUCAGAGAGCCAGUGCCAUGCUCUGUGCCCCUCCUCACUGCCUGCAGGAGGAAGAUCCUGCCUCAUGUCUGCUGAAUCCCGGCUGAGUCUGCACUACAGAUCAAGGGCGACAGGCCUAGUCCUGGCUGCUCCCUCCCUUGUCCUGCCAUCGGCCUGAGAGGACCCAUCAAACUGCCAGCGAUACCAGGUGUAACACCAGCUCAGGCUGAAGAGGGGUUGCUACCCAGAUGGACACGGCCCCUCUUGGACCUGCUGGGAUGUGAGGGGAAACUCCCUCUGCUUUCCUGUUCUGCCUUGUUAAUGCCGUUUGUAACCCUUCCUCCCCCAGCACCUGGGACCAGGCUGGGCCUGCAGCCCAUGGCAUGAGAGCCAGAUUCGUCUGCCAGCUGGCCCCUUGGUGAGGUGGGUCAGCUGCGCCCUUGUUCUGAGAGAAGCUGCAGGAGCAGCAUGACCUGGCUUGGGCCUAGCCCUGGGCGUGGGGGAACGUCUGGCUGGAGCAGGCAGCAGAGACCUGGCCAGCCACAGUGUGUUGGGUGGGAGAGCACAGGAGAAAGGGGCUCGCUGGGAUCCCACUCUGCUGCUGGAGCCUCUGCCCUGGGCCGUUUCUGUAAGCAGGGCUGGCCCUGCGGAAGGCUGCUUGUACUAAGUUAAUCGCAGUGGUGGUCCCAGCAUGAGACACAAAGUGGGGGAGGUUGGACCAAUGUUUGUCCAAGAGAAGUUGGUCCAGUCCCCCUUGUUUUCCCUGGACUAAAUCAGAGUCCUGGGUGCUCCCUCGGCUGCAGGAAGCCCAGGGCUGUGAGUUUUAACCUGUACUGCUGGCUGAUGUAAGAAUAAAGGCUGUUUGUGGCGUG